CUCCCUCCCCACGCCGCCGUCCGCCCGGAGGAGGGGGCAGCCCCGUGAGCACCCCUGCGGUGCGAGAGUUGCACGAGGGUAGCAGGGUAGCGGCGCAUCCUAGGCUCCGCGCCCCGCCCCUUCGAGCCCCCGGCCCCGCCUCCGUCUUCGCCCGCGCUCAGGACGGCUCUCCGAUUGGUCGGCGGCUCUCAGCCCCGCUCCGCCCCCUCCAAGGGAAUAAAAGCCGCUGGCUCAGUGAGGUUCCCCUUGAUAAACGCAGUCUGCAUAGAGGCGCUAGCUGCUGCCGCUGUUCUGCCUCCCUGGGUUCUGCGGUGUCCCCAGGAGCCCGCCACCAUCCUCUCCACGACGUGCUGCCCUGCAUCAGCAGCCAUGUGCCGGACCCUGGCUGCCUUCCCCACCACCUGCCUGGAGAGAGCCAAAGAGUUCAAGACCCGGCUGGGGAUCUUUCUUCACAAGUCAGAGCUGGGCUCCGAUCCCGCGAGUGUUGGCAAAUUCGAGUGGGGCAGUAAACACAGCAAAGACGGCCGAAACUUCUCAGAAGACGUGCUGGGAUGGAGAGAGUCAUUUGACUUGUUGCUGAGCAGUAAAAAUGGAGUGGCUGCCUUCCACACUUUCUUGAAGACGGAGUUCAGCGAAGAGAACCUGGAGUUCUGGUUGGCCUGUGAGGAGUUCAAGAAGCUCCGGUCAGCCACCAAGCUGGCAUCCCGGGCACACAGGAUCUUUGAGGAAUUCAUUCGCAGUGAAGCCCCUAAAGAGGUAAACCUAGACCAUGAGACCAGAGAGCUGACCAGGACGAACCUGCAGGCCGCCACGGCCACGUGCUUCGACGUGGCUCAAGGGAAGACCCGCACCCUGAUGGAGAAGGACUCGUACCCCCGCUUCCUGAAGUCCCCCGCUUACCGGGACCUGGCUGCCCAAGCUGCCUCCGCCUCCCCGUCCAGCGGCAGCCCAGCCGAGCCCUCCCAUACCUGAGCCUCAGGGCCGGAGGAGGGGAAGCCAGCCGGGCAGAGAGAGGCUGAGUCACCCAUCCCCGAGGCGCCGCCCCGCGCGGGUGCGGGAGGCAGGUUCUGCAGAGCAAGGACAGUGAAGGGAAACGCCCGAUGGGUGACGUCCUCUCCUCCAGAUACUGCGGGACUGAAUUCUGUGCAUGAGAGUGUCCCCCUGCUUCUAGGGCCUGUGGACGAGGGCUGAAGAUGACAGCUGUGCAGGGCUCUCGGGGCUGUGAGGGGAGAACGGUGCUGUGAGAGUCCUCGUUGGCUCUGGCUGAUCUCAUCAGGGCCAGGGAUCAGCCAGGGUGCUUCGGGAAAUGUCUGGGUCAAGGGAAACUUGAAAACGAGUGAGGGAAGGCCAGCCAGGUCAGCCGUUUGACCUGCUGACCCGUCAGUCCCCUCUGAUCGCAUCCCGUUUUCCUAGUUCCCCGACUGUCCUGGGCACGAGGGGAGCCGUGCAUGGGGAGCCCUGCCAUCCGGUCCUCUCACCUGCCACUGGCCGCCCCUGGGGUCCCCUGGCUUGCACUCCUCAACACUCCUGUGUGCAGCCGUGCAGCCUUGUCAAGGCCAGAGAGCCCGUGUGCCGCUUGUCCCCAGUGAGAUCUUUAUCUUAGAAACUGGUCUUCGAGUCUCUUUCCGAAUCAACAGGAAGCCCUGAAGAGAGGCCAUCUUGCUAAUGGGAAAUGAACCUCGGUGCUUUUGGUGACCUCUCGCUGGUGGCCCCCGACCCCGCGUGUGUGGCAGGGUCCACCUGUGAGCAGGGCCAGCUGAGGGCCUCUGGCUGGGACGUGCCCCCUCUAAGCCUUGGGCUGCCCUUACCUGUGCGUGGGGCCUCGUGGUGAGCGGCUCUUCCAGCUCCUGUGCCAGCAGGUGGAACGAAGAAGAAAGGCAUCUUAAGAAACACAUCUCUUGGCAGUUCCACAAAGUCCUGUUCAAAUCAAGCCAAUAUUUAUAUAUAUAUUUUAAGCCAAUCUCUCUUUUUUAUUUUGUGGUUAUGAAAAUAGGGACAAAGGGAUUCCCCAGGAUGGAAGGGGAACCUAGUGUUUCUUUUUUUGUGGCUGUGAGGUGCACUCAGUGGGGCUUCAGGAGAAAGGAGGCAGGUACCUUGACGACCCUUGGACAGACUGUGGAAGCUGGGCAGAGAAGCUGCUGGGAGGAGCAGGAUGGGGUGGGAAUCAGAACCUGCUUUUCACCUCAGGGCCUCACCUAACAUGUGCUCCAUGGUGGGACUUCUCCACGGGCCCAGGCUGGUGGGGGAGGUGAAUUAACCAGGCAGCCCCCCUUUGCCCCUGGAAAAUCCACACUGUUCUCUCUGCACUAUGAACUCCUCCAGGAGAAAAUUAUUUAAGUCUAACAUAUUGUUGGUUUUGUGACAAUGGUCAUUGCACAUUAUUUUUGUUGCUGUCGUUGGGUUGUUGCUAUUGUUAUUUAUUGCCGUUGGAGUUGGCCUCUGCUGGAGUCUCCACGGGAGCUGGCAGCCUGACUGGCUCCCUCUCCACUGGACUCUUCCUCCAGAAGUGCUGGCCACCUCGCAGGGGCUGUCAGGAACUCCUCGCUGUUUAAAUAUUUAUUUAUUGUUGACACAGGAGCUGGUUUCCUAGAUACGAAUGGUGUACUCAACCCUCCUUUUCCUGUUUUAGCAUGUGAUUUUAUUGUGAAAUAAAAAUAAAACCCAAAUGUGA